AAGGCGGACCCCGGCAUCUGUCACAUGGGAACAGCGACGCGCUGCAGAGCAAAAAGCAAGGCAAAACCGCCUCGAUGGAUUGUGUCUGGCUGCAGACUGUCCGCAAGAAAGGCAUGAUCAAGAUGUUCGAUGAUGAAAGGCCUUGCCCGUGACCCGUCCGGUCGAUCUGGAAAAGCAAAGGACUCCAAAUUGCACGAUAUGUGGGAUACUCAGCAACGUAAUCCUGCAGCGGAGGUUGGACUGGCUGCGAAUCACCCUAUCAUUGCAGGCAUUGAUAAGUCUGGGAAUAGCCACGGCCUUCCGCCACAUGCAGGAACUACCCUUCGCAUGUUACGGAACCUCACGUUACUAGCGUUCAGAGCACAGUUGAGCCUGCUGGCAAGCCUCCUGCGCGGCAAGUGGCGCACCAUAGCGGUAAGAAUAUCGAGCAUGUCUACGAUGAUGUCUGGAGCCUAUAUUGGACGCCGCUCUAUGCCGGAAUUGUUAGCUGAAGCCAUACGAUGUGACAAGCUUAAUGGACGCUGACAGACCAACAUAUUACGAACGACUGCGUUCACUUGAUCUUCGAAUGUUAUGAAAACCUUCGUGGCACUACAUGCCGAAUACAACUGGCACCUCCUCCCAACCUUGACGUCCGCCUCGAGGCUGGUCAUUACUGCAGAAAUCAAACGUACUCCGGUCCUUGCGGACACCGCAAUCUUCGUGGAGGGCCGCGCUUUCGUCAUCUA